AUGCUGUCUCUGCAGCAGAUGAAGCUCCAGGGAGUUGCUCUGCAGGAACGUCUGUCGCAGGAUCCCGCAAGCUUUGAAAGCGUAGCUCCUCACGCUCUGACAUUAUCUUCUUACAUGGGGGAUCUCGAAAACACAGUGCAUGGCCUCCUGCGGCGACGAACAAACAGCUGGCUAAACCUGGCUGUUUCUCCCCGGCAGCGUUCCGAUAGCGAGCACAUGAGCGAUGUUAGGUUGGAACAAGAACUUCAACGCUUCAAAGACACAUUGGAAUGGGCGAUGCCAGUGGUCAGAGAAUUCAGCAAUAUGGCCAAGGCCGGAGCCUACCUGGAAAGGCAGUCGAUGGCUGCUCAGAACUCACGCAGCACGAAAAACUGGCAACAGAUGAGAUCUCGACAAUCUAGAGAAGAUUCUAUACCACCCUUUCAUGAGAGGAUAAGGGAACUUGCGACUCGCGUAUAUCAUCCCUCAAAGCCACAUCGCGAUGUCCCGGGCGCCUCCCCCAAGCGACACCUCCGUAUCAAAUCCUCCAGAGUCAUGGGGUCUGCUAUAUGGUUCAUUGAAAACGCCCAAUUUGUUAGUUGGCUAUAUGGCCCGAACUAUACAGUGUUCGAAUGCCAUGGUCCGGAGGGCGUAGGCAAAAGCGUACUUGUAUCAAAAGCAAUCGAUCUCUUUGAGAAGAUUGAAAUCACGCAUGCAUACUUUUACCUGGGGCGUGGCAAGGUGCAGACGGCCAUGGGUGUGACUCACGCGCUACUUGAGCAACUUUGCCUCUUUGCAGGAGAUAUUUCGUUUUCCUCAGGGAUCAAUGGUCUCCGAAGGACCUACUCGACAAAAUCUCAAGCCAGUGAUUGGAGCAUAUCGACUAACCAGUCCAAACGACCGAAAGCUCCGCAGCGACGGCUGUCAGUUUCCCUCGGGAAGGCCAUCGUCCCACCGUCCAUCUCACAGGACUUGGGCGCGGGCACUAUCAGCACUGUUGAGAAAAGCGCCACGACAUGUCUCUACAAAUUGAACUCAGGGCAGCAGCCACCAGACCACCAGCAGGUCCCGGAACAAAGUUCUUUGCAUGUGCAGAGAGAUCCAGCAGUCAACAGGCAGACUCUAUCCGACAACUCAGUAUCACCGAUGGCCCCCCAGAGUUUGAGAGGUCCUGCAGACAUCUCAGAACCAUCUUAUUCGAGCACAGCACAGUCGCCAGUCACUUUAAUGCAGCUCAUUGAUAAGAUGAAUCUUUCCCAGGAUCCACCCGCCAUGACGGCCUUGUUCGACGUGUUGCGCAAAACGCUCGAAAAGUUUGAUGACCAGGUCGUCAUUAUCUUGGACGGAUGGGAUGAGGACAACAUGGUGGAUCCGCCGGCGUUUGCAGACCUCCUGCAGACUUUGCUAAACUUGAAGUGCAAGAUAUUCAUCACGAGUCACUCUACACAGGACUUCCAGGCAGAUGACAUGAUCUUGCGGAUGGACUUGUCUCCAAACUUAGACCACCGAGGCCGAUGGAGUGAUGUUCAGAUGUUUGUUGAAGAUCUACUUCAGAAGGGCCAACAUCACCAGAGCUUCAAGUUAUCUCCGGAUUUCAUUUCCAUUUGCGCAAAGAGGGUAGCAGAUAUGUCAAGCGGAAUGUUCAUCAAAGCGAGAUUAUACACUAUGAUACUGCUACGACAGCAGCACUUGACCCGAGAAAGCCCGCGGAUCUUGGAAGAAUUGCUUGAAAUGCGGCAACCUCUCGCCACCUAUGGGUUGAGGCAAUUCCGCAACGACUCGACGCCGGUGGCUGCUGCAUCUCUGGCGUUGGUGAUGUGGCUACAGCUAUCUGGGAAAUACCCGCUCUCAACGGAAUACGAGGACGCGUUUCAGGCAAUCCUCGACUAUUUCAUGGGACCUUCAGCACAGAAAGUAGAAUACGGGGACGUUUUGGAGAAGGUCGAGCCUUUUGUGACGGUGGACCAUGGUAACAACCUCCUCCACUUUACUUCGCCAGAGGUAGCGACGUUGGUCCAACGCGAAUCCAACGACACAGAACAGAGCAUGAAAAUGCAAGUUGCUAUUGCGAAAGCUUACUUGGACUAUCUGCAACAGAUCGACUUCAAUGUGGGUUGCUGUGAUACCGAAUCAGCGCUCAUGGAAUUGCUCAGAAAAUACAAAUUUGUUGAAACCGCAGCGCGUUGGGGAAGCCAUUGCCGAAGCAUUCUGCAAAGAUCCCCGCAAGAUCAUGCCUUUCAGGAACAUAUCAUGGACUUCCUUCACACACCAAAUUGUAGUUUGGCAAUGCAAAUUUUACUCUACACGAACCUGGAACAUCUGGACCGACGUUUCGAAACUUGGGACUCCUUUGCUGAAUGGAUCACUACCCUACCCAAACUUCACAUCUUGUUACAUCUCGGAUUGGAAGAUUCUGUGGAAACUCUGUUGCAGAGAAACGAGGACCACAUAAAGGAGCGGGACGUUCAUGAGUCAACAGCCCUUCACGAAGCUGCCAAACGAGGUUUUGCGAGUGCAGUGAGGAUUCUCUUGAUACGAGAUCCUGAACUUGCCGCCACCUUGGACAAGUGGGGCAAGUCGCCGCUUUUCUAUGCUUGGAAGAAUCACCAUACAGAUGCGUUUGUGCGGCUCUUCGAAGCCCAGGGGAAUGAUCUCUGGUCUACCGACGGUUUUGUCCCUGGCAACAUCUGCCUCGAUGACAUGGUUAGAGAAUACUGCUUGGUCAAAAGCGGCUUGCCAGCAGAGUCGAACCUCGACGCGACCAGCAUUUCAUUACUCAAGGCAAUACAAAACAGUCAGCCCAAAGUCACAGAAUUAUUAAUGAGAUUCCAAGCGAAUCUAGACAUUGUGUUUCAGGAUACAUCGCUGCUAUAUGCUGCUGUCGAACGGAAGCAAGAUAACAUAGCCGCUCAAUUGGUUGUGGCAGGCGCCAACCCAUCACUCGAAAUCACGGACAGUAACGGGCUCAAAGAUCCAAUCCUGCAUCUGGUUAUAAGAAAGUCACUCAGGAAGACAUUUGUUGUUUUGAUGGAUUCGGGCCGUUUGGAUGUCAACGUCGUCGAUGCGUCUGGAAAGACGGCACUUUUCGCUGCGCUGGAUGGGGACGAUGAGAAAGAGUCAUCUCGACUGGCAAGACGCUUGAUUAGGCAUGGCAUAGACGUCAAUAAAGUUGACGCUGAAGGUUCACAUGUCCUACAUAUUGCGGCAAGAAAGGGAUUUGUUUCCAUCAUCUCAGAUAUCAUUUUCUCAUCUCAACUCACGACAGCACCCAAGGAUGCAAAGGGCUUCACACCAGCGCAUUAUGCAUCCGAAUGUGGUCACUACCAAGGUGCAGUGAUUCUUCUAGCUGCAUAUGGGGAAUGA